UGUAUCUGGAUGGUCAGCACUCGAGGAGCAAAGUCCACGAUGCGCUUGUUAAAGCUGACAUUGUUAUUGUUAAGUCACACCAGUGAGAACAAGCGACUCGCCAUGGACGCAACGUCGUCAUUGAUUAAGUCGGUAACCAAGCGAGUGUGGUCCGCGCCCCAGCGUCCGUUCAGGGUUCGCGGUCCCAACCGAGAGGCCAAGAAGGGCAUCACGGCCGGGACUUUGGAGGAACUGAAAGAGAGGGUCUGUCAGGCGCUGUCGCUGGUUACUCUGGUGUCCCUGGUCUGCGAAGAGGACGGGACGGAGGUGGACUCGGACGAUUUCCUGGCGACGUUGCCGGACAACGCCGCCAUCGUGGCCCUGGAGCCCGGUCAGACGUGGCGACCUCCGUCGGGUGCCUCUGUGUCCCGAUGUCAAGACAAGAGCAAGUCCAAGACGGGAAAAGACAUCGCCAGCGUCACCUUGGACCUAUACAAGAUGAACCCCAGGGAUAUGUUUGGCUCUUUGAGCGUGAAGGCCACUUUUCAGGGCCUGUACUCGGUCAGCGCCGACUUCCAGUGUCUGGGACCCAAAAAAGUUCUCAGAGAGGCCCUUCGCGUGGCCUCGGCCCUCCUCAACGCCGCCGGACACCUGCUCAUCACUUCGGCCUCGGUGAUCCGCCGCGUCAUUGAGGGCGUGGAGCUUUGGCAGCCCCCGCAGAGGGCCCAUCUAAAUUGAUCAAAAAGCAUCAUUUUGAUGGACCGACCGGGAGCUUCACAUUGAUUUUGUACAUCAUUCCAAACUUUGGUGCAGGUCAGCGGGUAGGCUGUGUUUUUUUUCUUGGGUUAUUUUGUAAACAUGUGUCAUGGCUCAUCAUCCAUUCAUUUUCAAGUGGAGACCAUACGUAGCACGAGCAGAUGUGUAAGAGCUGUAUUGACUUGUACACGCAUGCGACAGACCUAACGUGUGGAAGGAACACUUGUUUUGAAGGCAACAAUGCAUGAGAAACACCAGCUGAAAGCAAACGUCAC